CCCCUCCAUGUCUUCGGACGUAAGCUGAGCGUCAGCCCGGCCUGACACCUCACCACCGUGUCGCCGAUUCUGCCUGUAUUACCUCUUUGAGUCUCAUGAGCCGAGCUCCCGUGCCUCCUCCUCUUCCCACCGCAGCACGGCCCAAAAAGCCUGCAGAAGCGCCGUCUCAUGCGGAGUUCCUGCUCGACCAGGUCCGUGCCUCGUUGGCUCAGCUGCAUCAAACACACGCUCUCGAUGCAGUCACGUACCGCGAUGUAGAGGGCAGGUUGAGCAGAGCUGUGCUUAAGGAGUCGCCACCAUCAGGAGAGCGCAAUGGCGGGAUGGAAGUGAGCGAGGGCGAUCCCGAGGAAGUGAAGCUGGGAAAGCGCAAUGCUUGGGUGAGGAAGACUAUGGUCGAGACUGAUGUGUUACCCAACAUUGUCGAGGCUGCCCUCAAUACGGUCGCUGGCCCAUUUCUCAGCGGAGCAUCGAUCGACGUCAUCGUCGAGCUCGUCUCGCAAUCACAAAAGAGCAUCGCCGAGGCCGUCACAGAUCCCAAAAAGCAGCAAGUCGCUUCGACUUCUGCCUUUGUAGGCCUCAAGGAAGCUCACGGUGGUAUGACUCGAGGCAUCACGGCGGCCAACACGACCCUUACCGAAAUGAAGCAAAAGAUGGAGGACAAGCGGCUGCAAGCCGAAGCGAAGAAGCAGGAGAAGAAGGAACGCAAGGACCUCAAGAGGGAACUCAAAGAGGAGCGCACUGCAAUCAAGGAGCAGAUCGCCGCUGGCGCUGGUAAGGGUGAGCCGGGAAGGGGUGUGACAAGGGAAGCGUCCAAUGUCUAUGCGGUCCCGGCGAAAGACGCAGAAGCCUCAUGCCUUGCUUGUGGUAGGCCAAUGGGACAGGUCGACAGCAAAGGCCUCUAUGACCCUGCAGGGGCGGCAAGGACCAAAGGAGAGAAGGUGACUACAGUCGAUGUGACUUCUGUGUCACUCGGACCAUCCAGUUCAACUGUGACGACGACAUUCACUGCUUUGCCGGACUUAAGGAUUGCGAGUACCCUUCUCAUCUCCGGCGGCCACGUGGUAGACGACCGAAAUCUAGUUAUAGAACACGACGAUGCCAAAGCUACGCCGACGCAGACUGUUGCUCUCGGUAGGGAGCAGAUGGCAUCGGCGCGAACGGAGUCAAUGUCCUCUGAUACUCGCUCAACCUCACGCGAAAAGCCUGAUGACCGGCUUGACCCCGCAUCGCUUAACGCCGACGGUCUGGAAUCGCAAAACGCGCCCCGCGAGACUGACAAACGUGGCAAGAUCAGCGGCAGGGAAGAUCGGACGAGAGCGUCUUCACUAUCGGACCAUGAGGCAGCUCAAGGUAGUCUUCAGCAGCAGAAUCAUCCUAUCCAGGCCAGCCUUGCCGACCAGAAUGCUUCUACUACUGCUGCCGCGGCUGCGCCGCCGGUGCCCCCAAUUCCCGCUCGACCCUCGGUCAGGGAGCGCAAUGUGUCGAGUUCGGACCGAGGUGACAGCAGCAACCCCGUGCGAUCCACCGAUGACUCGGGAAAUGCCGCUGCAGAUUUCGGACAGGUAGUGGAUGUCACGGACAAGAAGAGAAGAGGGUGGAAGAAUCGACUGCUGGGCUGAGGGUCUGUGCUUGAACGAGCCAGAAUGCUGUGGCGGUUGCGCUGUCCGACAAUCCCUCCUGGGUCUUGCCAAGUACGUGGUGGUCAGGACGGAUCCCGGCAUCUGAGCGCCCGGAGGCAAGAGUGCGGAGAAGCGCUGGUCAACAGCCGAGCCAAGCAGGGGCCGUAGUUCGGGUCAGAAGGAUGCGUUGUUCCGAAGCAGACAGGGCGCGGGGUCAUGAGGAAAUUGUCAAUGUAUGUGCCUUGAUGGUGGCUGCAGUGGGGAUCUUGACAUGGGGGCUGACCAAGG